UUACCACUCUCUCUUCUUUCACACCGACAGCUAAAAAUGGAGGAAGAGAUUAUCCUAUUGGAUUAUUGGGCGAGUAUGUACGGGAUGAGGACAAGGAUUGCUUUGGAGGAGAAAAAAGUGAAAUAUGAGUAUAGAGAAGAAGAUCUGAGUAACAAAAGCCCUUUACUUCUUCAGAUGAACCCUAUUCACAAGAAGAUUCCGGUUUUAAUUCAUGAAGGUAAACCGAUCUGCGAAUCGAUAAUCCAAGUUCAGUAUAUCGACGAGCUUUGGCCUGACACAAACCCGAUUCUUCCUUCAGAUCCUUACCAGAGAGCUCAAGCUAGAUUUUGGGCAGAUUACAUCGACAAGAAGACAUACGUGCCAUGCAAGGCAUUAUGGUCAGAAUCAGGGGAGAAACAAGAGGCAGCGAAGAUAGAGUUUAUAGAAGUACUCAAGACACUUGAUUCAGAGCUUGGAGACAAAUAUUAUUUUGGAGGAAACGAAUUUGGACUCGUUGACAUUGCCUUUAUCGGAUUCUAUAGUUGGUUUCGUACGUACGAGGAGGUAGCGAAUCUCAGCAUCGUGUUAGAGUUUCCUAAGCUAAUGGCGUGGGCACAGAGGUGUUUGAAGAGAGAGAGUGUGGCUAAGGCCUUGCCUGACUCUGAUAAGGUUCUUAAGUCAGUCUCUGAUCAUCGGAAGAUUAUUUUAGGAAUCGAUUAAGUUCACUUACCCCUGUUCUGUUUUUCAUGUUUUUUCUCAUUUUAAAAUGUGGCGUGUAUUUCAAGUUUGUCAAUAAGUAUGGUAUAGACCAAGGUAUGUUUGUGGUGGGAUUUGAGUGAAGCUAUGAUCUAUUUUUAUUUGGAAUCCAACUUAGCAAGCAUCGAAUUUG